AUGUUUUCUCUCUCUAAUUUUGUUUAUGGUAAGUGUUCAAAAGUCGUUCUUUCCUCCUCCUCCUCCUCCUCCUACUCCUCCUCCUCCUCCUCCUCCUCCUCCUCCUCCUCCUCCUCCUCCUCCUCCUCCUCCUCCUCCUCCUCCUCCUCCUCCUCCUCCUGUGCAAUCAUAUGCCGUGCAGUGAGCAGUGUGUUGGAUCUAGCGGACAAGGGCGAGUGUGUGGUGGUGGGCACUCUCUACAAGCACAUGAAGCUCAAGCCCAGCAUACUGCAGGACUAUGGUCGAGAGCGCUCCAGUGCGCCGCUGGUGGCAGUGGGGGGCGGCAGUGUGGUGGGGGAGGACGACAGUGUGGUGCUGGAGGACGAAAGGGGACGCGUCAAGCUCGUUGGGGACGCUUUCCUGCCAGCUGCAUGGGUCACAGGCGUGGUGGUGGCAGUGCGGGGCUGUGAGGACAGCAAGGGGAACUUUCGUGCAAUAGAGAUUCUGGAACCGGGCAUGCCGUUGCAGGAUCCUUUCCCUUCUGCUGCUUCGGCCAACACGACCGCUGCAGCCAACCAGGCACCCCCUCGCUACGUGGCCUUCGUAUCAGGCCUCCACCUCUCCGUACCCACCACGACCGCAUCAGGCGCCCCCUCGCCCUCCCCUCCGCCUGCUGCCACACCGCCAUCGUCCCAGGGGCGGGCAGCAGAGGGAGCAGAGGGGGGCGGAGGAGACGCCGUGCUGCAUGAAGAGAUGCUUUUGGACUUGCUCUCAGGCCACGUGCACUCAGACGAGGAGGAGCGGUUGAGUGCGGGGAUAGUGCGCGUGGUGAUCGCAGGGGAUUCGUGCUCCUUCUCCCACCUCCCCCAGUCCCUGCAUGACACAGUCAACUCCACUUCUCUCACACACCGUGAUGCCAAGGCCAUGGCAGCACCAGUCAAGGCUCUUGACACUUUCCUGUCCGAGCUCUCCGCGUCAGUCCCUGUGGACAUCAUGCCUGGCGCCUGUGAUCCCGCCAACUACUCCCUGCCACAACAGCCACUGCACCCAUGCCUGCUGCCCCAAGCCUCGCGCCGAGCCUCAGUGGUGCGAGCAACAAACCCGCACCACUUCACUCUCGGGGGGGUGCGGUUCCUGGGCACAGCCGGGCAGAACGUCCAAGACAUGCGCCGCCUCUGCCUCACUCGCCUGCUCCAUGCCCGUCCCCUUGCUGGUGGUGGCGGUGGUGAUGGUGGUGCUGCUGCUCCUGCUGGUGGGGAGGAGCAAGCAGGGCCUAUGGAGGGAGUGGAAAUGCAGGAGGGGGGGAAAGACGGGAGGGGAGACGACAGAGAGGAGAUGGGGGGGGAGGAGAAGGAGGAGGAGGCGGGUGUGCUGGAUCUGAUGCAGCGGUGCUUGGAGUGGAGACACGUUGCUCCCAGUGCUCCUGACACACUAGGCGUGUACCCGUUUCAGCUGGACGAUCCCUUUGUGCUCACCACGUGCCCACACGUCUUCUUUGCCGGCAACCAGCCGCGAUUCGCCACGCGCCUUAUCCGAGGUCCCCAGAAGCAGGUGGUGCGGCUGGUUGCUAUUCCAAAGUUCUCAGAAACAUGUCAAGCUGUGCUG